GCAGCGGCUAUCACCGUGUUGAACUGAUAGUGGCCAUUCAGUCUCGCACCCCCUGACUGCUACUGACCCCGUCGUCGUCGUCGGGCAGACUCGAGAGAAGCACAGCCAGCUUUGCACCGUACAUCACCCGGGCAUCACCACAGGCGGCACAACAAGCGCCAAGGGAGGGACUGCCGUUUUGGGUAGACAGACGCCCAGCAUGGACUCUGCGACUGAGAAGAUGGCAGCCCUGGAUACAUCGGACAUCCAGGGCUAUGGCCUCGUCACACCAGCGAGCUCUCGACCGGCAACGCCAGGAGGCAACUUCCCAGGCUCACAGAACGUCCAGACGAUCCGUCGGCAGGCAGCAGGUCACCGUGGACCGCUCAAGAAGAUUCUCGUCGCCAACCGUGGCGAGAUUGCCAUCCGCGUCUUCAGGACGGCACACGAGCUCGCCAUGCAGACUGUUGCGAUCUACAGCUACGAAGAUAGACUGUCUGCCCAUCGCUACAAGGCAGAUGAAGCCUACUUGGUCGGCAAGGGACUCACCCCCGUUGCCGCAUACCUUGCCCAAGAGGAUAUCAUCCGAAUCGCGCUCGAACAUGGCGUCGACAUGAUUCACCCCGGUUAUGGCUUCUUGUCAGAGAAUGCCGAAUUUGCUCGCAAGGUCGAAGAGGCAGGCAUUGCCUUUGUCGGACCCUCCCACGAGAGCAUCACGCGUCUCGGUGACAAGAUCAGCGCUCGAAAGAUUGCCAUCGAAUGCGGUGUACCCGUCGUGCCCGGUACACCGGAUGCCAUUGCUUCUUACGACCUCGCCAAGGAUUUCAUCGACGAGACUGGCUUCCCUGUCAUCAUCAAGGCGGCUGCUGGCGGUGGUGGUCGUGGCAUGCGUGUCGUCCGUGACCAGGAAUCCUUCAAGGAGAAUUUUGAACGUGCCGUGAGCGAAGCCAAGGCAUCCUUUGGCGACGGAACGGUCUUCAUCGAGCGCUUCCUCGAUCAUCCUCGUCAUAUCGAAGUGCAGCUUCUCGGAGACUCUGUGGGCAACGUUGUCCACCUCUUCGAGCGUGAUUGCUCUGUUCAGCGUCGUCAUCAGAAGGUCGUCGAGCAAGCGCCUACUGCCGUCAUCGCCGAAGAUGUUCGCAACCGUAUCUUAGAGGACGCAAAGAAGAUUGCCAAAUAUAUUGGCUACCGUAAUGCGGGCACCGCCGAGUUCCUCGUCGAUCGACAAGGACGACAUCAUUUCAUCGAAGUCAACCCUCGUAUUCAGGUCGAGCACACCAUCACAGAAGAGAUCACGGGCAUCGAUAUUGUUGCUGCUCAGAUCCAGAUCGCUGCUGGUGCGACUCUGCCUGAGCUCGGUCUCGGCCAGGAUGCGAUCACCAAGCGUGGCUUCGCCAUCCAGUGCCGCAUUACCACCGAAGAUCCCGCGCAGAACUUCACGCCAGACACUGGCAAGAUCGAGGUCUACCGGUCGGCAGGCGGCAACGGGGUCCGACUCGAUGCUAGCUCUGGCUUUGCAGGCGCACAGAUCACACCCCACUAUGACAGCUUGCUCGUCAAGAUCUCCGUCCGCGGCGCUACUUUCGAAGUCGCUCGUCGGAAGAUGCUCAGAGCGCUCGUCGAGUUCCGCAUCCGAGGCGUCAAGACGAACAUCCCCUUCUUGUUCCGGGUGCUGUCACACGAAGCCUUUGUCAAAGGCGAGACAUGGACGACGUUCAUCGAUGAUACACCAGAGCUCUUCCAGCUCGUCACUAGCGCAAAUCGCGCUCAGCGACUGCUUGCCUAUCUCUCUGACCUCAUGGUCAACGGUAGCAGUAUCAAGGGUCAGAACGGCGAACCCGGCGUACUUGAUGAGAUCCCGGUGCCCGUGCUCGAGGAUCGCAAUGAUCCUUCCAAGCCACUCGAUGUCUCUGAGCCCUGUCAGCAAGGCUGGCGCAACAUCCUCAAGGAAAAAGGUCCGGAAGCAUUUGCAAAGGCUGUGCGUGAUUAUCCUGGCUGUCUAAUCAUGGAUACGACAUGGCGUGACGCCCAUCAAUCGCUACUCGCCACUCGUCUGCGCACUAUCGAUAUCGUCAAUGUGGCCAAAGAGACGAGCUAUGCUCUCGCCAACGCCUACAGUCUCGAAUGCUGGGGCGGCGCGACCUUUGAUGUUGCCAUGCGAUUCUUGUACGAGGAUCCUUGGGAGCGACUACGCCAGAUGCGCAAGCUCGUGCCCAAUAUCCCCUUCCAGGCACUCAUCCGCGGCGCCAACGCGGUAGGCUAUACAUCUUAUCCUGACAAUGCGAUCUACGAAUUCUCAAAGAAGGCUGUCGAAAACGGUCUCGACAUCUUCCGAGUCUUCGAUUCGCUCAACUAUAUCGACAACCUCAGGCUCGGUAUCGAUGCCGCGAAGAAAGCUGGUGGUGUUGUCGAAGGCACAAUUUGCUACACAGGCGAUAUUCUAGAUCCCAAGAAGACAAAGUAUACGCUCAAGUACUACCUCGACUUUGCGGCCGAGCUGAUCGAAUGCGGCAUCCAUGUGCUCGCGAUCAAGGACAUGGCCGGCUUGCUCAAGCCAGCCGCCGCGACAAAGCUUGUCGGCGCAUUGCGCGAGAAGUACCCUAGCAUGCCAAUUCACGUCCAUUCCCACGAUACGGCAGGUAUUUCUGCAGCCAGCAUGAUUGCUUGUGCUGCAGCAGGAGCGGAUGUCGUGGACGUCGCAAUCGACUCGAUGUCUGGCAUGACUUCCCAGUGCGCUAUGGGCGCAGUCUGCGCUGCUCUCGAAAAUGGACCGAUGGGCACUGGCAUCCGCUAUGCAGAUAUUCAGCAACUCAAUAUCUAUUGGGCGCAAGUCCGCAUGCUCUAUGCGCCGUUCGACAUGAACGUAAAGUCGGCUGACUCGUCUGUGUACGAGCACGAGAUGCCCGGCGGACAAUAUACCAAUCUCAUGUUCCAGUCUGCUCAGCUUGGGCUCGGAACGCAAUGGAACGCUGUCAAGAAGGCCUAUAUCGAAGCAAACCAACUCUGCGGCGAUAUUGUCAAAGUGACGCCUUCGUCCAAGGUUGUGGGCGAUAUGGCCCAAUUCAUGGUAUCGAACAAGCUCUCGAAGCAGGAUGUGCUCGAAAAGGCGGAGACGCUCGACUUCCCCAAUAGCGUCAUCGAAUUCUGGCAAGGCUAUCUCGGUCAGCCCACAGGCGGCUUCCCAGAGGAGCUACGGGGCAAGAUCAUUCGCGACAAGCCGAGAAUCAACGGUCGCCCAGGCGCAGACUUGAAGCCGUAUGAUUUUGAGAAGACGCGCAAGGAUCUGAUCGAGAAGUAUGGCAAGUCGAUCAAAUCGACCGAUGUGCUUUCGUACUGCAUGUAUCCGAAGGUGUUCGAGGAAUACAAGGAGUUCGUUGAAAAGUAUGGCGAUCUGAGCAUGCUGCCGACCAGACAUUUUUUGGGCAAGCCACAGAUCGGUCAGGAAAUGCAUUGCGCAAUCGAAGAAGGGAAGACUCUCAUCGUCAAGGCGCUCGCUACGGGCCCUAUCAACAAGGACAACGGCAUUCGCGAAGUCUUCUGGGAGCUCAAUGGCGAAGUGCGAGCCGUGCCAGUCGAAGACAAGUCGGCCGCUAUCGAGUCGGUGACACGAGAAAAGGCUACAAGUGAUCCCGGCUCAAUUGGCUCGCCCAUGUCUGGUGUUGUCGUCGAGAUCAGGGUCCAAGAAGGCAGUCAAGUCAAGUCAGGUGAUCCGGUUGCAAUUCUAUCUGCGAUGAAGAUGGAGCAGUCUGUCUCUGCGGCUGUCUCGGGCAAGGUCAAGCGGAUUGUUGUCGCUCAGGGCGACAGCAUCGGCUCUGGGGAUCUUAUCAUGGAGAUCCAAGCCUGAAGCCUCGAGAAAGAAAGAAUCUAGAGUCCAGUCUGUACUAAUUGAAAUGCAUUUGCGAAGAGGACAGA